GCAAACGUUCUCCUAGCGCUAAAGUUAAAGUCGUAGACAAAAUAUAUUCAAUUUAUAGAGUUUUAAAAAUAUAUUUUUUAAUUAUAAAUAGUUAUAUAGACAAAGUCGCUAUUCUGUAAAUAGAUGUGACAAAUAUGACACGAAGUUUGCGACCCCUGUUUCAGCGCUUGGGGUUGAUGUGUCCGUGUAAACAGACAGGUGAAGGAAGGGUUGCCAGAGUUCACAGCAGUCAGAAAGAAAAUCCCCGAGAUUCUCAACACGCUUCACUCUAUAUCCAUUGGCCGUACUGUUUGAAGCGAUGUUCAUACUGUAACUUUAACAAGUACAUCCCUCGUUCAGUGGAUAACAAGGUUAUGACCGAGUGCCUUCAGCAGGAGACACAGACACUGCUGCAGCUCAGUCGCGUUUCUCAGAUCAGCUCUGUGUUUUUCGGUGGAGGAACUCCCAGCCUGGCCCAAGCCUCCACCAUAGCUGCUGUACUGGAGACCGUCUCUGCACACACGAGACUCUGUGACCACGCCGAGGUGACGCUGGAGGUGAACCCUGCAUCUGCAGGAAGAACCGCGCUCCCAGACUUCCUGUCUGCUGGAGUCAAUCGCUUUUCUGUUGGGGUGCAGUCACUGAACGACGCCAGUCUCAGGGUUCUCGGGAGGGACCAUGACCCAGUGCAGGCUCUGCAGACGCUGGCGGAGGCUCGGACCCUGUGCCCCGGCCGCGUGUCUGUCGACGUCAUGUUCGGAAUUCCAGGUCAGAGUGUGGCAUCAUGGGAGAGUGAGCUGGAGGAGGUUCUGCGCGUGUGUGAUGAUCACGUGUCUCUGUACCAAUUGACUCUGGAGAGAGGAACUCACCUGUACAAACAGGUACAGCUGGGAGAAGUCAGGAUGCCCGCUGAUGAUGUCACUGCCUCCAUGUACCGAUCUGCUCGGAAAAUUCUGGAGCAGGCCGGAUUCCUACAGUAUGAGGUGUCCAACUUUGCCAGACAGAAUGCUGUAAGUACACACAACCUGGGCUACUGGAGAGCACAGCCGUAUAUAGGAGUUGGACCUGGAGCUCACGGCCGCUUCGUUCCCCGAGCGCUGGGCGUGGCUCAUCGUGAGGCGCGCACUCAGACGUUAGAGCCGGAUGUCUGGAUAAAAGAAGUUCAACAGCACGGACACGCGACACGCAGACGUAUUCAGCUCAACCAUCUCAGCCUGUUGGAGGAGGUGCUGGUCAUGGGACUCCGAAUGACUGAAGGAAUUUCACACCAGCACUGGGCAGCGUUCAGCCCUGAAACAGACCUACACCAGGUUCUUGGUGCAUCAGCUGACGUUCAGGACCUUCAACAGAGAGGCAUCCUGAUCCUCGAUGACAGGGGACUGCGCUGUUCCUGGGAGGGUUUGGCGUUCUUGGACAGUAUCUUACCCGUUUUGCUGCUGGAGUUGGAUACGUUCUUCCACACACACAGACCUGAAGAUGGACAGAGAGAGCAGUGAGAGUGUAAAGUCUGUACAGCUGGACUACCACAAAGCAGCAGCCAGAUUUCUCAUUCUUCCAGUUGUUGAUUCUGGAGUAACACUGAAAUGGUGAUGCAGAAGCUUUUUACAUCAAGGCUGUAGUUAUUAUGUCUUUAUGUUGCUGUAAAGGGCUGAUUUAAAUCCCUCAGGAGUUCAUCAGCUAUUAAGUAGUGAUCAGUGAGGUGCAGAGGCAGGUGCAGACUUUUACUGUGGAAGGUGUAAAAAGACCAAACAAACAUCGAGUCCAAACCAAAAUAAAGAAACCUACAGACUAGGGAAGGCAGAGCGUCAAACACACACAGCGACAGUGAGACUGACAGGAACUAGGAAUCAGGUAGAGCUGACAGAACAACUGUAGGUGCGAGUGAGAUAUUUGCAGGUCAUGUGACAUGCAGGGGCUGAUGGGUAACGCAGUCCAGUGCUGAUCUGGAGGUAAUUGACAGUAGUUUUUUUUUUUACAUAAAACCAUGGGUUCCAUCCAUAAGUGGUUUUAAUCCAUAACUUUGUUUUCUCUCACUCUCACUCAUUCAUUUUCUACCGCUUAUCCGAACUACCUCAGGUCACGGGGAGCCUGUGCCUAUCUCAGGAGUCAAUGGGCAUCAAGGCAGGAUACACCCUGGACGGAGUGCCAACCCAUCGCAGGGCACACACACACACACUCAUUCACUCACGCAAUCACACACUGCGGACAAUUUUCCAGAGAUGCCAAUCAACCUACCAUGCAUGUCUUUGGACCGGGGAGGAAACCGGAGUACCCGGAGGAAACCCCCGAGGCACGGGGAGAACAUGCAAACUCCACACACACAAGGCGGAGGCGGGAAUCGAACCCCCAACCUUGGAGGUGUCAGGUGAACGUACUAACCACUAAGCCACCGUGCCCCCCUGCUUUGUUUGCUAUCAUUUUUAUUUAUUCAUAGUUUUCUAAAGACUAUAAAAAUCAGCAAUGUACAUUUUUACACUGCAGUAGCUGCUUUAUUAUUUUUAUUAUUAUUUUGGCUGUCAUUGUGGUUGUUUGUAGACCCUCCUGCCUUUGAACCUUGAACCUAUUAUUUCUGGAAGCCUCUGGUCAGAUGUCACAUGAUAUUUAAACUGCAAUAUAAUAAACUUUGUGUUUUAAUACAUUUCAUAUAAUGUGAAAUAUCCACAUUGUGACUUUUAAUUGUUUUCACUAUCUUUAAGUGUCAUGAGACCUGUGUUUGUAUAUAAAUAAUUAUAUUUUUCCUAUACACUUUCUUUCCCUUUCCCACUUAUAUAGUAAAUUAUAUUUUUAUUAGAAUUCCAUUCUUUGUCUAUAUUUAUGACACAGACAGAUGAUAAAGCAUUUCACUACACAUCACACUGUGUAUGGUUGUGUACUGUAUAUGACAAAUAUAAUCUGAGUUUGUGUUAAACUGUGUUAUAAGUGCUCACUUCACUCAGUAACCUCUCUUUAUUUUGGUCAGUCAGAACCCAGAAUUCAACAGAUCUCAUUCAUUAUGGUUUGGGGGGGAAAUUUCCAAACCCUCAAUGUAUCAUUUAUUAUUUUAAUACAACCUGAGAUAAAGAUUUAUAAUCCGACUCUCCGGUUUCACCCACACGAAGAUGAGGUUCUCUUUUCAGUCUGGUUCCUCUCAAAGUUUCUUCCUCAAAUAGUUUCCUCUGAUUUGCUCGUGAAACGUAAAUCUUAAACAUUUCAUUCUGAAUUAUUAUUUCCCUGUAAAUCUGCUUUGUGUCAAUAAAACACUUCUGAAUUCUA